AUGCCUGCUUGCACGUUGCCUCACAUCCACGCACUGGGCCUGCACACCGUAGGACCACGGCUUGGGGAGGAUGGUGGUGCGGCACCGCCGCAUGCGGGCCAGCCACUCCGUGAAUCGUCCCCGCAGCACCAGCAGCACCAGCAGCACCAGCAGCACCAGCAGCACCAGCAGCACCAGCAGCACCAGCAGCACCAGCAGCAGCAGCAGCAGCAGCCGCAGCAGCGUCCGGCGGCUGGCCCUAAUCCAGCAAUUCUGCAGGGCAGCGCCGAUCUGCUGGAGGCGUUUGUGCGACAGCUCGCCGCCUUGGACGCCUCCCUGGAUGAGGUCGCGGCAGACUGGCAGCUGCUGCAGCAGCCGGUGGCGUGGGCAGCCGCCUGUGGAGCGCUCCCGGGCGCAGGCGCCCCCCAAGAGGGCGCCGCCGCGCAGCGCGCGGCGGAGGCGCUGGCGGGCCUGUCUGUGGACGGGGUCCAGCUGCUGUGCCGGCGGCUCGUGGCGGCCGGCGCGCCGGCGGCCACGGCCGGCGCCGUGCUGCGGGCGGCGGUGCUGCCGAAGGCGCGGGCUCUGACUGGCGCGGCGCCGCAGCCGCUGGUGGAGUGCCUGCAAGCGGCGGCCCGCUGCCAUCCGGACUGCCUGAUGGACGAGGUGCUGCGGCCGCUGCUCGCAUCGCCUGAGCUGCGGGCGCCCCAGGCGCAGGCCCUGGCGCGGCUGGCGAAGCAGGAGCCCGGCAUCAGGGCGGGCAUGCUUCUGGCCCUGGUGGACUCCCAGCUCUGCCCACCCAGCAGCGCGACUGCCGCUGCCGCGGCCGCCGGGUGGCGCGAGGCGCACCUGCUGGUGCUGCAAGCGCUGCUGGACGCCAGGGCGGAGUGCGUGGUCGCCCAGCUGCCGCGCCUGGUCGCCGCCAUGGCGGCCGCCACCGACGGCCCCCUGGGCGCCAACCCCAAGCUCUGCCAGGGCUUCACCGCGCUGGCGGCCGGGUUUGGGGCGGCGCUGGGCGCGGGGCAGCUGGCGCGGCUGGCGGAGGCGGCGGGGCGCACCAACACGUUUAUGACUAAGGGGCUGCUGGCGAGGCUGCGGCAGCUGGCGCAGGCGGCGGCGAGGGGCGAGGACGGUGCAUGA